AUGACGCUUGUGAGCGAAUGGCUUGAAGAAGCCAUCAAGAAAGGUUUUCUUGUAGAGAUUGCACCUGACCAAUUGAAAAAUGAAGAGGUUAUUGGCAGGGGUGGAUAUGGAGAAGUAACAAAAUGUGAAUGGAAGGCGAAAGGAAUAUUGGUCGCAUGUAAACGGAUAAUAAAUUUACAAGAAGAUGAUGAAUAUUCACGACGUGCUUUUAUUCGUGAGUUGAAAUUACAGAAUAUGCUAUACAAUUCUAAAUAUGUUAUCCAAUUGCUUGGAGUAUCUCAAGAUCCAACAACAAAAUUAUAUCGGCUUGUUCUUGAUUAUGCUGAUGGUGGUACUCUUAGAAAUUAUCUAUGUUCAAAAAAAAAAGAAUUAAGUUGGCCUGAUAAAAUUAAACUCUCAACCGAGAUUGCUAAUGGACUACUAGCUCUACACAAUGCAAAAAUUGUUCAUCUGGACUUAGUAAUCGUGUUAGAAACUCUUAAAGCUUUAACGGAUGAUACAGUUAUGGAUGAAGUAAACGUACCUGAUUUUGAAUUUCCAUUCAUUGAAUGCUAUGGGUGCAAUUGUGAGUUCGAAUAUGAAUGGGACGGUUUUAUCAGAAUUUGUCCAAAAUGUGUCGAUGAAGGAAAAGAAUAUAAAGUAAACGGUAAAACUCAAACACAAGUCCGCAAAUAUCGGAUAAAAGAAGGAUUGCCUUAUACAUGCACUCGUUGUGAAAAUAAUUUUGACACUAUUAACGCUUCCGAUCCUUGCAUACAUUGCUUAUAUGCAUAUUUGAAGACUGACUGGACAAGAUGGACUAGUGGUUAUCCGAAGAUUGAUGAAUGGAUUCACAAACAACAAGUACGAUCUUCAAGCAUUACAAAUGGAAAAUCAAUUGAAUUUAUUCGAUUUUCAAAUUUUAAAAACAUAAGAUCUUUCGAUGAAGGUGGCUUUUCUUCAGUAAGUAAGGCUAUUUGGAUUGGCGGUGGCUAUAGGGAAUGGAAUUUCAGAGAUGGUUCAUGGAAUGUUGGAGGUGAAAAGGAUGUGGCGUUGAAAAAGCUUUUUGAGCAAAAUGAAGAAAAUGUGUUUAAUGAACUAUACACACAUUUCGUUUUAUCUAAUAGUGAAUUUGUUUGUCAACUUUAUGGAAUUUCGUUAAUAACAUCAACAAGAGAAUUGGUGACUGUGAUGGAAUUAGGCACUCAAGGAAACUUAAGACAAUUCAUACAAAAUAACUUUGACAGCUUAACCUGGAAAGAUAAAUUAAAUAUGCUUCAUUACGCAGCUAAAGCAAUAGAUCAUUUACAUAACAACGGAUUCUUACAUCGUGAUUUACACCCGCUUAAUUUUAUAAUGCAGAAUAAUUUGCCAAAACUGAUUGACUUUCAGCUGUGUACACAAGAUUUGUAUUGUGGUUUACAUUCUGAGGUGCUUCUCGGUGUACUUCCUUAUAUUGACCCCGUUGUAUUGUAUAAAGGAGGUAAAGGAUACAAUAAAAAAUCUGAUAUUUAUUCUUUCGGAAUAAUAAUGUCAGAGGUUUUUACUGGAUAUCCUCCAUAUUAUAACGUCCCAUUCAAUGAUGAUUUGGCAAUUCAAAUUUGCAGUGGUCGUAGACCUGAAAUCAGAUGUGAAGUUCCACAAUUACUUUUGAAUUUAAUGAGCGAAUGCUUAAGUGCUGAUCCUCGAUACCGACCAACUGCUGAAGAAUUGAAAAAUACACUUGGGCAAUAUUAUAAAAAUGUAGAAAAAAAAGAAACAGAUUUAUACACAGAAGUAGAGAAAAUUAAUAAAAGUGCUCCAAUAUAUUAUCAAGCACAAUCAGCACUACCUAAAUAUCAGACACACCCACAAGCAAUUUAUACUAGUCGAUUGUUAAAUUUUCAAAAACUUCCUAAACCAGAAAGUGUAAAAGUAGACUGGAUUGGUGUUCCUGUACCGAAAGAUAUUAUAGUAGGACAAUUUUAUAAGGAACUUAUUGCAAGAAAAAUUGUUUCUGAAGUGCGGUUAGAUAAUGAAGUCUGUUUGCAGUCAGUUAAAGCAGUGUUUUUAUCUAAUAUAACUGGCCCUUUUAAUGUUAUUAGUAUGGAAUGUAACAUGAUCGAGGCAAUUGAAGUUUGA